AACGAAUAAAAAACAUCUUAUUUUCAACCUAGGGUUUUAGUACUUUUACAUUUAUCUAUGAAAUUUCCAAUGUUUAUUCAUCUUCUUUAUGCCUCUGUUCCUGCAUGUUUGGUUCUUGAUCCGCGGAGUAGAAAUUGAAUUUAAUUCUGCGAUCAUGGUGUGCUGAAUUUUAUUUUGAACACAGAUAUGGUGUAAAGUGUUUUUAAUUAUGCGAUCGUGGUGCGCUGCUUAUUCUUUUAAUUACACUGUAUGUUUAUGCUGUUUUUGGUUAUUUAUUACAUUUCUUUGAAUUUGUACAUUCGAUUAAUUAGGUUAACUAAUGGAGUAUGAAUUAUGAGAAGAGCUUGCCCUAAGUCUCCUAAAAUGUUUACAUCUGAUUCUUUUGAUUAGCAAAAUUAGUCAAGCCAUUUUUGGGUGAAGAUCCUGAACCGUCCAAUUAAGGAAUUUCUGAUUUGAUUUCUCAUUUUUAAACGGAUCUUUGUGUUUAAGAGACUUAAAGCAAUGCUCCGAUUGUCUACAUCAACAAUUUCUUGGAUACGGGUUUGAUCUUUUUCGUGAGGUGUUAUGAUUAGUUUCCAUGUAGAAAAAGUGGUGUGGUAAUUAAUUUCCAUGUAUAACAACUCGUUUGAUCAUUCCGUACCGACAAUUUGUUUGGAAAUACACGUGUAUAUAACUAUAAUGUCUGAUGCGGGUCCACUACUUACACGUGCAUAUAACGAUUAAUAUCUGACGUGGGUCCACUACUUACACGUGCAUAUAACGAUAAUGCUAAGUUUUCUUUCCAUUAUUAUUACACGUGUGCAAGUAAUUUAAUCUUGCUUUAUUAAUCAGAGAUAUACUGCUUCUAUCUGGAUGACAUAGCUUUGUACUGGCAUUGCAGCUUGUUGGGAUUAAACUAUAUGCUGGAGAGGUGAUGGGUUAUGAUUCUGAGUGCGUAGUUGACAUUGAUAAUUACCCCGGAGAAUACUUCUGUCCUGUUUGUCGCACACUUGUGUUUCCGAAUGAAGCAUUUCAGGCAUAUUGCACUCAUCUGUACUGCAAAGCUUGCUUGGAAUAUAUGUCAAAUAGUGGCGGGGUCUGCCCUUUUGAUGGACAUUUGGUGACUGAAUCGGAUUCUAAGCCAAUAGUGGAUUCGAAUAAAGCACUUGCAGAAACCAUUAGCAAGAUCAAGGUGUAUUGUCGUUUCCAUAGAAGUGGAUGUACAUGGCACGGUUAUAUCACUGAAGGUGCGUCCCAUUGUUCUGGGUGCUCCUUUGGAAAUUCACCUGUCGUAUGCAAUAAAUGUCAAAUCCAAAUUCCGCAUAGGCAAGUAGUUGAGCACGCCAAGAAUUGUCCUGCUGCAGAUAAAACAACUGCAGGGGUGAACCAGAUUGUUGCUCAACCUGCUGGACCACCAUCUCAAGCUCAGAAUGCUCCAGUUGUUAAUGCACCAGUGCCUGUGCAAAAUCCGAACCUGCAAGUUAAUAAUGUCCACUCUCAGGUUGCUCCCGUUUCUGCUCCAACCCCGGAGCAGUGGUAUCAUCAGCAAUAUCAGCAAUAUUAUCAGCAAUAUAUGGGAUAUGAUCCCUACCAACAACAGUAUUACUCCUAUCAACAAUAUCAACAGCCCCAGUCUCAUGUAUACCCUCAGCCGCAGCAGCCGCCACCGCCGUCCCAACAGCCGCUGCCGCCACAGCAGCAGCAGCCUGUUCCUCAAGCCCCACAAGCACAUGGGCAGGCUCAAUCACAGCCACCUCAAGCUCCGCCCCAGGUGCAAGGUCCACCUCAGGGACAGGCACAAGCUCAUGCGCCGAACUAUCAAGUUCCUCAGCAACAAACACAACCUCCAACACGACCGCAGACUCAGGUUCCCUUGCAGACGCCCCCACCGCCGCCUCAUAGUCAGCCAUUGCCGUUUGCCCAAGCAAUGGGCAUGCGUCCUGUCCAAAAUCCUCAGGUGCCUCAAUACCAGCAACCUCAUGUGCAGAUGCAUCACCCUCAAAUGCAAUCUCAAAUGCAGCUUCAACCUCCUCACACUCAAUCUUCAAACCAGUUGCAACCGCAACCACAACCACAACCACACCAUUAUUAUGCUCAGCCCCAACCUCAUAUCCUCCCUUCUCAACCCAACUAUUCAACAGCUCCUGCUGUACUGCCUCAGCCUCCACCGGGUCCUCCUGCUAGUGGGCAUCAUUCUUAUCAACAACCUCAGCCGCCGCAGAAAAUGCACUCGCAGCAACAUCCAGUGCAACCACAACAACCUGGACUUAUACGACCACCCCUGCAACAGUCAUCAACACCGUUGCAACCGCAGCAUCAGGUCCCUGGCAUUCCUUCCUCACAGCCUCAGCAGCAGAUUCCACCUCAUGCACAACAACCGACUCAUCCAAUUCAACCUCGUGCCGUCUUUCAUCCAUUUCAACAAGCUGCACCUCAGCAUUAUGCUCAACAGCAGCAGUUUACUGCUUCAUUUCCGAAUCAGUUGCAUCAGCAAGGACAGCUUCCAUAUCAACAGCCCAUGCAAUCCCAGAUGCUCCCAUCUGGUCCCGCCCAACCCCCGCCAUCUCAGAAUUAUGAUGGGAGAGCCUCGAUGCCUAACCAAGGAAUACAGCCACAAAACCAUUCGUUUUCAACUGGUGCAUUUAAUCCGGCACAACUAGCUUCGACUCAGACACCUAUAAAUCAAAACUAUAUGAAGACUUCUGUGCCGGAGCAGAAUGCAGCCGUCCAAGAAACUAGAUCACCUUCAAAAGGACCAGUUGAAAAGGGAACAGUUCUUAAUGAUACUGACAAUACUGCAAAGGAAGGUUUGAAGUCUGUUAUCAAGCAAGAAGGGGAUGUUAAGGCUCCACCGGAGCAACAUGAAAUCUCUGAAGAAGCUGGUCAUUCGUUGGCAGAUUCUGAUUCAUUGAGAAAACCGGACCGCGAGAAUCAGAUGACACAAUCUCACACUGCUGCAUCUGCUUCCAGUGCAGAAGGGCAUAUAUUGCCACCGCAAUCUCAUGAUUUCUACCAGCAAAGGCCUCAAGCGCAAGUGCAAGGACAGCCUCCAUCUAAUGUAGGGACUGAAGGACGAGGCAGUUUCCCUCAUGGUAAAUCUACUAACCCAGCUGAGGGAAGGGGGCCUGGUUAUUUUGGCCCUCCACAACAAAGUUUUGAACCUCAAUCUGGUCCUCAGGGUCGAGCUCCGCCACCUCAAUUUGAGGGUCAGUACGGUCCACCGCAUGUGGGUAGGCCUAACGAAGCUUCAAUGUCCAAAGAUCGGAUGCCCGGUUCUGUUGAUGGUGGUGGUCCUAUGAAAAAUAAUUCAAAUGAGCCUAAUUUUUUGAGAGUGAAUGGCGGAUCAGCUCCCGACUCCAUGUUUGGCUCUAGGGAUGAAAAAAUGAAGUCCUUAUCUAGAGAACAUUUGAAUCCCAUUCCUGGAGAGCCCACUCAUACUUUUAACCAAGGGUCUCUUGAUAGAGCUCCUCGUGGGCCAAUGUUGCCACAUCAUCCUUCUGGUGGGCACAGUCAUGGAGACGGGUUUGGACCUGGCCCUGAAUUUGGGCAACAUCACAUGAAACAUUUUACCCGCCGAAGUCCUGAUAGGGAGUACUCUUCACCACGUGGUUUCGGCGGCCCCUCCAGUUUAUCACGUAACACCUCAACUUUUGAUGAUAGUAGGGAAGCACAUAGAUUUGGUGAAGGAUCGAGAUCUUCAAAUCUUUCUUCUGAUUCUUUUCGUGAUGGAAGGUUUCCCUCCUUCUCUGGGCACCCGCCAAGAGGUGACAAUGGUGGCAUGGGGAAUCCUAGAUUUAGUGAACAUGAUGCUUUUGGUCCAGAUGGACCAGGCCAUCCAAUGAGGGGAAACUCAGGCCCAGGAUAUUUUCAUACGGAUGAAAAUGCUGGAUCUGGUGCUUUUUCGGGUCAUGGUCGUGUGGGAGAAUCAGGUGUCCCUGGAAGUUAUCCACAUUUUGGGGAGCCUCCGAUGAGGAACAACUAUUCACUUCCUGGAUUUCCUAAUUCUGGAAAUUAUGCAGCUGGGAUGGAUGCUUUUGAUCACUCUAGGAAGAGAAGCACCGGAUGGUGCAGAAUAUGUGGAGUUGACUGCGAGACUGUUGAAGGUUUGGACAUGCACUCUCAAACUAGGGAGCACCAGCAGAUGGCUAUGGAAAUGGUUAAAAAUAUCAAAUUGCACAACAGAAAGAAGCAGAGAACCAGUGGUCGUAUGGCGCAUGAAGGGGGAAACAGGACUAGGAAAGGUGGCCGUGGAAGCAGAACAUGACUCUGGUAGAUGCUAAUUAUCCUGGAAGUUCUAUUCUGGUCAGGGAGCUGCUUUGUGUUUUUUGGAGAUGGUUUUUGGGUUGGACUAUUGUGGGCCCUUAGGUUUGUCGAUUUAUGACUUUGAACAUCAUAUUUGCCAGCAUGGGUAGUUUUCUAAUAGACUGAUGAUUAUAAUGUUUGUUAAACUGUAUCGCACUUUAUCUCUGUUGACUCUAUGGGAGUUUAUUCUGUGUGCUCAUUUCUCCUUUCAGCUCAUUUUAUUUGAUUAUCUGAUCAGCAUGCGUUCUUCGUCUGAAGUCGAAAA